ACGACCAGAUUAAAAGAGAGCAGCAAGGCGCUCGGAGGUGGCCGAGAGCAGCAGAAAGAGAGAGCGAGAGAGAGAGGCGGAGAGGAGGAGAGAAUGAGAGCUGUGUAGACCGUCGUCAUCAGCCCGCCAGAGUGAGUGCGUGCUACACUCGGUAGCCAGGCAGCGUGGGCGCCAAAUUUCGUCGUACGCCUGGCACGCGGCUCACUUGCACCGCUUCUACUCCUCACAUGUUCUGUGCGUCAUAUUCUCAGUCACAGUAAAUAUCUGACUGUGUGUGGGGCGAACUGCGUAACCCCGCGAGCCACACUGGCACCGCCACUCUUAUACGUUAGACGAGCGGCCGGACCAUUCCACCUCCGACAUCGGACUUGAAUAAGAGUGUGUACCUUGGGUUUCGCUCCGGAUUUUAAAUCAAUAAUCGAUACCGAGCCGGCCAACUACGUAGUAGCCUACGACUGGGUAUUCGUAGCCUAGCGAUGGUGCCAGUCAAUGAAUGUUGCUUAGUGACACACUGGUGCUGCGCGUAAACACCAGAAGGGUUCAGUCCUAGUCGUGCCGCCGGAGGAGAAGGUUGGCGACUCUCGGCUCUCCCAUAACUGUGAUAUUAGUGAGGGAACAUUUGUAUUCCGAGUUUGUGUUGCGUGACACUUAACAAGUUUUACACAAAUGUUAAGGUGACCGGGAUACACAUUUUAGUGCGAGUGCGUUCUAGCGCUCGCUUCUGAAAAUAACUAUCUAAAUGGUGUCGCGAGCAAAGAGUUCAACGGGUACGAUGGCUUUACAUUGUUCGCAGGCAAAACUCUGGGUCAAAUCUCACUAUGAGCGACACGAGGACGGUGUGGUGGCCAAGUCCGUCAUGUACAAGCACUACGAGGACUAUUGCCGCGAACAGGGACGUAACAUCAUGGAAACGAGCAUCUUCGGCCGCGUGGUCAAGUCCGUGUUCCCUGACGUAACCAUCAGACGUCUGGGAGGCCGGGACAAUCUCAAGUAUUACUACUGCGGCAUCCAGGCGAAGGAGACGUCGCCCUACGCCAUCGACAACACAACCACGACCAGACCGAAGCGGCGGCUGCGGAAGCGGGAGUUGAUCACCGACAAGGCGGACGUGCACCGGUGUCUCCUGUGGCUCCAUAAGAAUUACUGCUCGUCACCUGACUCGUCGGUGAUCAAGGCGGAGGUGUACGACAGAUACGUGCUCGAGUGUAUAGCGGGGGCAGGCGAGCCUCUGUCCAUGCAGUACUUCGGCAUGGUUGUGACCCACGCCUUCCCACACAUCUCAAAGAGGAAGCUGGGGCCCAGAGCCAACCAGCAGAAGUUCUAUUUUGGCAUCCAGGAGCGAGCGGCCCCGCUGCCACUCGACACUGUCCCGCCGCAGCUAAUAGACGUCGUGGAGCACAUGUUCAGCAACGGGCGGCUCUGUUAUCGCGAGGAGCUCGAGGCUGACGACGACGACGACGAUGACAGUAGUUGCCGCAGCCCUGUGUCUGACACGUCCGAGGGAGACCCCCUGCGCGAAGCCCAUACGCCCAUCUCCGGCGACCACGGCGGUGCCCAUGCCCAGCAUUACCCCUAUGACACCUAUAUUAAAGAUGAACCUGUAGACUACAGUUUACAAAAUUUAAAACUAAAAGAUGAACAUUUAGAGGAGUAUACAGUGAAAGAGGAGCCCCUAGACCUCCACAUGGCUCGUGAUGUGCAUGAUAUGGAAACGAACUUUAUGGCCAGUCCCGAGAGGUCGCCCUCCGUGGCCACCUCGAUCAGUGACUCCCCGAGCCCCUCAGUGAAAGACCAAAAGACACGAAAAAUCUAUAAACCUCGGUUUCAUAUUAUUUCUGAUUAUAACGAUGAAAAUAGUUGGAACAGUGAAUCAGACGUGAAAACGGACACAUUCGAAGUGAAGUACUGUAAUAAUUCCGUGCAGUCCCCGUGGGAAUCUUUCCUGAGAGAUUGGCUCUCACGAACAUUCGAGGAGUGUGAGGGGAUGUGUGUGAAUAGGGAUCAGGCGUACGCUUAUUAUGAAAGACUGUGUGAAGUUGCAAGCGUAACCGUGCUGCCUCACACGUACUUCGACGAGACCGUGCUCAAGGAGUUCCGUGGUGUCGUCACCAUGAUUCACCCGACAGACAAAAAAACAUUCUACGAAGGACUCCGUGUCCAGUUACAUUCCGAUCUUUAUGGCCGCAUUGAAGAGCUUAUCGACGGCGAGCCGAGUGAGCCACAACAUUCCAUGGAGAUGUCGCCUCCUAUGGGCGCCGCCCCUCGCGGCUCCCCGCUCACUCUCGAGGAGGACGAAGUCGCAGACGAGAGAUACGCCGACAACUACCGGGGCGCCCCCGAGGAGGACCUACAUUCCACCCCCGAAGUGUUACGUGACGGCAAGUAUUACCUGCGUAUGUGGCUCACAGAUAACUUCGAAUCCGUGCCAGACUCUUGUGUUCUCAAAGCCGAGGCCUAUCGCCACUACGAAGAGUACGCGAAGUCGAUAAAACAGUCUCCAUUUGAAAUGAAUGUGUUCGGAAAGAUAGUACGGCAGGUGUUCCCCAAAGUGACAAUCCGUCGACUCGGCGGGCGUGUUAAGCCUCAGUAUCAUUACUGUGGAAUCGCUGUCAAGAGUUCGAGUCCGCUGUACAAGUUCAUGAGCGGCAAGGACCCGGCGCAGCGAUCACGCAAGAAGGAAAUUGCGACAGACAACAAAAGUGCCGAGAUUGUGAUCGAGUGGCUCAGAAGAAACUACGAACCGGGAACAGACCGUAUUAUUAUGAAGAGUGCAGUGUUUAGUAACUAUUGCAGCUAUUGCAAGGCCAUGAAUGAGAACUCGGUAACCCUGAACUAUUUCGGAAAGUUAGUGAAGCAUUGUUUCCCCAACGUUGAGGUACGAAAGUGUGGCGGCCGAAGCGAGCCCACCUGGUACUACUUCGGCCUCGUACCCAAGGGGGAGGUGGUGACCUCGCCUUACCCCAGCCCCCAGCACCACGAUUCUCCCCUUCACGCCCACGACGACCUGGCUGGCCGGGAACCAUCGUCUGCGUACGACCUCCACGUCCCCCAGACCACCUUAGGUCAGAGACACCUGAGCCCGGUGGGCCAGGAGGUGCACCACCCCGGUAUCCCCGCGCACAGCACUAGUCCCAUUCCAAUCUCCCUGGCCAAGAGUGUGCCAGGACCACACUAUAAUACAACGCCCAACGGUUCCUACAGUAAUGCAUCGAUGAUGCUUCAGUCAGUGCUGUUAAACCAGCACGUUAAUCUUGCUCAAUCCCCCUUGAUCAGCAGUCGGUCGCCAUUCCCCCAGUCCCCCCGCGACACCCUGCUGGAGGCCAGCUGCCAGCGCUCCAGCCGAGCGGCCGAGCACUCGCCUGUCGACGCGCGAGGCUACCGCGAGUCACUGAGCUCGCACUCGCCGGCGGCAGAGGGCAGCAGCCUCCAGGAGCUGCGUCGGCACCUGAUGGCUCGCUCGCCUUACGAGCCAGGCGACGUGCCCUCCGACAACAUGUACUCUCGUUCUCCUGGCGACACGUCGGCGCAAUUCUGCCGAUCGCCAAGAGAAAUGAUGGAGGCCGUUUGUCGUUCCCCGGGCGACGCUGCGUUGGCUUCCCAUUCCCCGAGCGACAACUCGCUGCUGUACUCGCACUCGCCGCUGGAAGCCAACUACCAAGCGUCAGUCCGGCAGCGCACCUCCCUGGUGGGCGGCAGUGUGGGCGGCGGCGCGGGCGGCCAGGUGGUGCCCGGCAUGAUCUUCUCCCACCACGCCGUGCCCGGGCCCCCCAUGGCAGGGGUCUCCCCCCUCCACGCGCACAAGAGGCACAAAGGGCAGCUCCAGCAGGGCCUCGACGACUUCGAGAUGAUCAGCGACAUGACCAUUGAAUAGCACUUGUAACAGGCAUUGUUAUGGAUUUGGCUGUGAUAUAUUGCGUGCAUAUUGUCAAGCUCCUGUUCUUCACCCGACCAUUUUUCUCGUCAGUGUAGCAGCAUCUCUCGUCAACUUCCAACAUUACCCAUCGUCAUACUGCAUUAUCCAUCAACCUCCUGCAUUAGCCGAUGAGUUCACAGCAUCAUCCACCCCGUCGACCUGUUCCUUCACCCCAUCGGCCCCUUUUUGCCUCACCCGUACGUCACCAGUCGACUCCUUCCUCGCGCCCCAUCCUUCCGUCGACUCGAACGGCAACUGUCGUCUCCCUGAAGCUCCUCCCCAACCUUCCAUCGACUCGAACGUCCUCCUCGACCCCUUCCGCCCCCGCCACCUGCCUCCCUGCCGUCGACUCGAAGUUCCCCCUCGACCCCCUGCCUCGCCUGGGGAUCGCCUCAGCAUCAACGCCCGCACGGAGGACCCCCACCAACAGUAGCAGAUCAUCGCCAGCAUCUUUCGAGCAGAGACACCAGAGCACCGGACGCUGCAUCAUUGCUUGGGCAUAUGCUAUGUUACGUCAGUAGGCCGUAUAAUAUUUUUUAGCCCAAUGCGCCUUAAACCCUGGCCUUACUAGUGUAUUCUUGAGUGACACAGUGGACUUCAUGGCGGCAGAGUGUAAUCUGCUCUCGUGGUACAAUGUACUGCCCUUAAAAAAAAGACACAAUGUUACUUGUGGCACAAUGUACUGUUCCUGUAGGCAUGUUGUACUUUGUUCUUGUGAGAGUAUGCUCUACCCUGUGGCAUAGUACAUUCUGUCACUGUGUCAUGUUAUACCCGGGCCUUUGACACUGUUAAAUUCCUUGCGCCAGUACCUGCUUGUUCCAUAUCAUAGCCUCUACAGUUGUCGACCAAACAAAGAAGUCAUAUUAAUUUCCGCCACAGGACCUGUAAACAUUUUUAUAUCAGUGUUCAUGGGCUGACAGAGGCCCGGCCUGAGGCAACAGGUAGUGAAGAAAGUAUUAGAGGCUUAUUUUAGUCACCUUCCUCCUUGUGUGACAACCUUUCCUCCCAUUCCCUCAACCACCACCUCGCACACUCCCUUUCCUUGGUUCUUCCAACACUUCCCCCCCCCCCCUUCCUCCACCUUCUCCUCUUCUUCUUCCACUCCUCGCACUCCCACCCAUUGUCCAACCCUCCACCUCCCCCGCCCCCUUCUGAAACACACUGGUACCUCUGGGAACUUUUAUUUUGCCUUGGAAGAGCUGAAAAAAAGCAAAGUGCCAUCCAGAAGUCUUAAGUCUCUCUCCCGCCCGUCCCCCCUCUGAGGUGUGUCUCCCUCCCCGCUCCCUUCCCCCUUCCCCCUACUUCCCCAAGAGCCCCUCCUCCCGCCCCUAAGUUCCCUCCCCCUCCCUCUUCUCCUCCCCUUCCCUUCCCCACAAGCUCCUCCUCCCUCUCCCAAGUUCCCUUCCCCAGCUCCCCCUCAGCUCCCCUCAGCUCCCCCUCAGCUCCCCCUCAGCUCCCCUCCUGGGUAGAAUUCCCUUUAGUGAGAAAUGACACAUCAGCCCCUUCUGUAAUUACCUUUCCCCGCCCAUCUGUACCAGCAAAGAGCCACCUCCACGCCCAUUUCUAAACCAACUUCACCAAACAAUGUAUCCAUUAUGACCUUAAGCCCUUCUUCCCCAAUCAGAUGUUUUUUAGAUUUGAAGUGUUUAUAAAUUUAUCUUCCCAAACUGUUAUAUUAAAAAAAAAAAACAAUGUUAACACUGUUUGACCGACUCAAUUAACGUUAUUCUGACCCAAACAGACUUAGAGAAUGCAAUAUUCAUCUUUUUUUAGGAAAUUUUUUAACAGAUGUUUUCGUUGUGCUAUUAAAUGUAUUAUUAAGAUGUGGCGCUGUUGUCUAUUUAUUUUAUUUAUUGAUAUUAGAAUAAUUAAUUGUAGUUUUAUACAAAGCCAGAUUUCUGAAUAUAGGAAUAAGGUAUAUAA